CUUCUGACGAUUCGAACAUCAAAAUGUCGCAUGGCGGCCAUUCACACGGUGGGGACGGAAUGCACGGAGGUGAACAUCCGACACACGCGUCUACCGCAGCCAUGAAUCAUCACGGAGGGAGCUCAAAUCACGGUGAUCACAGCGGGGAAAUGGCCGGGCAUGUGAUGAUGUUCCAUCUCAGGACAGAUCUUAAUGUCUUGUUUGAACAAUGGGAAAUCACAUCAACGAAAGUGCUGAUUGGCUCGUGUAUCGCAGUGUUUUUCCUCGCUGUACUCUAUGAAGGCCUCAAAAUCUUCAGAAUGAGGCUGAUGCAUACACACGGCAGAUAUGUGAGAGAAAGUAAUCAAGGAAAAGAUGUCACACACUAUUGGGAAACUCGACGAGGUUGUAGACAGAACAUGUGCACCUGCCUUCAUUUGAUGCAAACCGUAAUGCACGUCGUACAAGUGGUGCUGGGAUACCUCCUCAUGCUGGUAGUUAUGACGUUUCAAGUGUACCUUGGGGUUGCUGUCAUAAUCGGGGCAGGCCUGGGCUACUUUUUGUUUGCAGGAUUAACUCCUGAGAAUAAUCCGAGGGAAACAGAGUCUUCUGCAAAUUCUGGACAUUGUAGUCCCGCAAUGGUAGUAAAAGUGACCAACUUAGACGAGAUAAGGGGUCAACUGCCUAUGGAAAACCUAAGUUUUUCUGAUUUGGCCAUUGAAAAUAAAGCGUUUGAUGGUGAAAAUAUAGGUGAUAAGUAAUUUCUAGACAGUGUUUGAGAUAAGAUCAGAAUUAGUGCUUUGGAAUUCAUUUAACAGAGACCAUCUAAUUACUCAGACAUUUAGUGUAAAUGUAAUUAUUUUUCACUAACGAGAAAAGACGGAAUGUACUCAUGCUCUGAAUUUUGUACUAAACAUUAUUUAACUGAAAAAAGAGGUCGAAAAAGCUUGCUUAAUACAGCAAAACAGAGCUUUAUUUUGCAAAAUUUUGAAAUAAAAUAACUUAUUAAUCGACA